UCUCAGUAUCACACACGUUUCCACGAUGAAUGGUCUGAGUGUCGCCACAGCGGUCCAACACUUCUGGAGGAGACGGUGUCUGGAGUCGUGCGCUAGCACGGCUUUUUAAAGCCUACCAGCCACCAUAUUUUCAGGGGCGACGGACCCCAUCAGGAAGCACCGACACUUCCAGCUCACCUUGCCCGGCGAUGGAGGUCCGCCGUUAGAGGCUUGGGAGCUAGGGAGGGUCGAGGGGGAGGGGGGGGUCGGCCGCAGUUUCGGCAAAAUUACGACGGGAAUCAGGUACAGCUCCCUGUCUCCCGGCAACGGGAGAGACCAGCGGGCGCUCGUGAUGUCUCGUGCCAAGGAGCGACUGAAAGGCGGGAAGGAGACCAAGGACAGCGUCACCCUGCUGCCCUGCUUCUAUUUCGUAGAGCUCCCUAUUCUGGCCUCCUCUAUUGUCAGUCUUUACUUCCUGGAGCUGACGGAUAUUUUCCAGCCGGUGCAUUCUGGGUACAGUUGUAAUGAUCGCAGUCUAUCUCUGCCAUACAUCCUCCCAAGACAGGAAGUCUGUCCAUUGCCUUUGCUCUUCAGCCUGGCCUUCGCUGCACCUACUGUCACUAUUCUGAUAGGAGAAGCGAUCCUGUACUGCUAUCUGUCCAGGAAGUCAUCAGCCAGUCAGACUGAGGCCAACAUCAAUGCUGCAGGCUGCAAUUUCAACUCCUACAUUCGCAGGGCUGUACGCUUCAUAGGUGUCCAUAUCUUUGGCCUGUGUGUGACAGCACUGAUAACAGACAUUCUUCAGCUAUCCACUGGCCAGCAUACUCCCUAUUGGCUGGAUGUAUGCAAACCUAACCUGACCCACCUUAACAUGUCCACCUGCGAUGAAGCGUUUAUCCUAGAGGAUAUCUGCUCUGGACAGGACAUAGGGCUCAUCAAUGCUGGCAGGAAAUCUUUCCCCUCCCAGCAUGCUACGCUGGCUGCCUUUGCUGCUGUCUACAUCUCAAUGUACUUCAACACGGUGUUGACUGACUCAGCCAAGCUGCUGAAGCCUCUCCUAGUGUUCUCCUUCGUCAUGCUGGCCAUCCUGUCUGGGUUAACCAGGAUCAUCCAGUUUAGAAACCACCCUGUUGAUGUAUACUGUGGGUGGGUGCUGGGAGCUGCCAUUGCUGUUUACCUGGGUGUGUAUGCCGUGGGGAAUUUCCAGCCUAGUGAAGAUUGCUCCGGGAGUACACAACCUGCCCCCAUACUGAGAGAGCCACCCCUCUCCUCCUUGCCCAAUGUCAGCCAGUCAGCAAUUGGCAACAGCCACCAAGGCCACCACACACUGGGUCCCAGCCAACCAGAACCUAUUAUUACAAGGACUUCUUCCCACCCCUUAGUCCCAGAGCAAACAGGACCCAUGCUAACGCGUAGCGCCUCCUGUCGAGAGCCGUCUAUGACCAAUAUGAAGAGAGCCAGUGCUGAAGUGGAGGUGAUAAGUCCGUCCAGUCCGUUAGGCAACCGUGACAACAUGAUGACCUUCAGCAGCAGCACACUGCCAAGAUCCCACGGAGGUUCCUCGCUGGAGGAAGGCCGUAUUCCACGGCGUCACGCUUCCAUCCACGCCUCGAUGGACUCAACCCGGUCCAAACAGCUGCUCAGCCAAUGGAAGAACAAGAACGACAACAGGAAGCUGUCUCUGCAGGUGAUAGACGGUAUCAGGCCCGCCUCCUCUUCAUCUCCUCAGAGGAACAUGGAGCUGCGCUGCUCCUCUGAGCCGUCUGCCAUGGGUCUGGAGGUGGAGCUCCGCGGUGGGACCCACCUGCCUAUAGCCACAGGCCAGGAAGCUGAGCUGCGUGCUGGGGCGCACAUCCCAGUUCAGUACAUGAAACUAGCAGCUAGCUCUGUUCCUAUGGCCAAUCAUAAUCAUCUGUCCCAUAAUGGGAGCACUGCAGUGACUGGUGGGGCCAGAGUAUCUAUCCAGUCCCGACCUGGAUCCUCUCAGCUAGUUCAUAUCCCAGAGGAGGAAAAUCCCACCAGCAAGGAUCAGGAGAGUGAAUCCGAGGACAGCAUCAUGGACGGGGGUGGGUCAGUGAGAGAAAAGUGGCUGAGAGUGACGGAGAAGACCACCAUCCCUUGCAGGCCUCUCAGUGCUGGAGGACAGCCACGUCUCAUGCAGGUCAUAGCCUUAUCUAAACAACAGGGUCUGCUUCACUCUCCUCGGUCAGAGGACGGUGGCAGCACUGUCAGUUGCACCGGAUCCAUUCGGUACCGAGCCCUGACAGACCAGGAUCCAUCUCCACCCGCUUCCACCACUGGAGCCGUGGGAGGAGGGGGAGGUUUGGAGAGAACUGGGAGUAUCGUUCGUGUUGAAGCCCACCCAGAGUCCAGAUCAAACAAACCAAUAGUGAAACCUCCGAGCACUGAUGGAAGCGGCUCCUGGCGAUGGAGACCACCAGAACAAAGAGCUUCCCUUCGGCAGUCGGCUUUCAACCUCAAUGACCUGAACAGACACACGGACAGCUGCGAUUCGCUGAAGGACGGUGGAUCGGUGGAUGGGAGGAGGAGUGUCAUGGGGACAGAAACAGAGAGCGAUGGGGGUGGGGACGCAGGGGGCAGUGGAAUGGGAGGAGGAGGAGGUGUCUACGCCAGCCAUCCACAUGUUGUGCACCCGUUACAUCCCUUACAUCCAAAUAAUCCCAACAACUACCAGCACCUCAGUUUUAAUCCUAACAAUUCCAAUAAUCCCAGUUUUAACAACGCUCACGCUAACUUUAAUCCUCCUUCUAACAACUCGAACAUGCCGUUCACACCCACUGCCACCUUUGCUCCUCCCUUCCACCCCCACCCUCAAGCAGUCACCACUAUCAGGGUUACACCAGUGGAGGCGACAGCUGCCAGCAGUGACGGCGGCUCGGACUGCCAGUCGGUUGCCUCAUCCAGCCGUGAAUCCACCUUGAGAAGGAAGAGCAGCAGCAACAUGGUCCACGUCCAGGAUCGAGGGCCUACCCCUGAAUUCCACAACAACCACCGCCUUUGUGAUGACGGCAACCGCCUUGACAACGAAAGCAGCAACCGCUUUCACGAAAACCUGCGAAGCUUUCAAGAGAACCCCAUUCACCCCAACCACCCCAACAGGCAGCUGCAGGGAGUGUUUGGGCGUCCAAGCCCCACCCCUCCCCCUACUUUACCCCGCCCAAUCCUGACUCACACUCCCCCGCCUACUUUUGGGCUGGCCUAUAAAGAAUAGCAUGUUCAGUGUGAGUUAUCCAUCUAUAACUACAAUUAUAAAAACAAGUAAACCAUUCUAGACCAAUGGGACGUUUCUGGAGAUGAUGUGAACAAUCUGCUUACCACCUGCAGCCAAUAGGACAUGGUAAAAGACAUUCACACGUUCUCAAAUGACCAAUCAGGCUACAGUAGAUGGCCACUUUUGUCCAGCUUAUUAAAUUCUGUUAGCAGUAGGUUAGAGAUCGACUUGGGUUCACAGGCCAUAGACGUCGAGUCAUGACUGCUCCCAGUUUGCUCCUGGUCAACAUACAAGGAGUCGGUUGGACUGAGUUUGAGUCAACAUUUCUUCUUAUUUUACUACAUAUUUACAUAUUUUUAUCACGUAUCGCUACACUUGCUUCGUAGGCACAAAGAUAAGAGGCUUAAAUAAACUGCUGGUCUACGCUGGUAUUAUUACCCUGCCAGUGAGGACAGAUUCACACUAAUGACUCGCUUUUCUUUGGCUACAAAGCUCAGCUAAAACAGGGGUGACAUUUCUACACAUCCACGUUUUUGUCACACACAGGUAACAUCGAACAUCGUAACCACAUGCCCUUAGAUGGAAAUUUGUAUUCAAAGCCUAUAACUGUGAUUGUGUUUGUACAUAAGAGUGUGGGCAGCCACAGGGGAAAUUAAAUCCACGGUCUUAAUUAUGUCUGGACUGCAAAGAGUCCCUUCUGGGUAAUAACAAUAUAUCUUAUUUGAUGGUGGUAUUGUGUUUGUGUUGAAUAAGAACAAUAUCAAGGGGCAUAUAUGGUGUUUAGAUACUAAAACAAGCACUUUUUCUCAUGCUGUGUUUUAUUGGUGCGCAGUGUAUAAAUGAUUCUUACUGUGUGGUAGUUGUACUGACACACGCAGCAUCGCCUGCACAAAGGAAGUUCAUUCGUUUCCUGUUCUUUAGUUUGAUUUCCCAGCUUUAUGACUUGGUAUUACAGCCACUCUAAGGACGAAACAUGGAGUCAUUACAGAAUAAAGUUGGAACUGUUAUGAGAUAAAGUUUUAUAUGAAAAUGUUUUAUGAUUAAAAAGAUAAUAAUUAUACGAGCACGCUGAAGUAACAGUGAGGAUUUGUACUUUAAAGUGAAGAACGAGUAAAUAUAAGUGAAAUGCCACUUUGUUCCGUUUUCAAAGGAAAUCAGAAUAUUUUAAGAGAAAAAGACUAAAAAGUAAAAAGUGUACAGUAUAAUUAAAAUGUAAUUAUCAUAAUUUAAAUAACA